AUGAACGAAGCAUGGAUCGAGUCUGCGUGCGAACCUACUCGGCAUCCAAAGUCACACAGUGAUGCUGUCUGGGACAUUGCUUGGACGGCGAAUGACUCCGUCGUCUCUGUCUCUGCUGACGGCUCCCUCAAACAAUGGGACUCCGACUCAGGUCAGGUCCUCCGGAUCCCCCCAACGCAUACCCUCGGCCUUGUUUCCUUGUCUGUCUCUCCAAGUGGUAAACAUGCACUCUACAACACAAUCGACGGUUCGACGUGUCUUUGGGAUUUGGAGAGCGGGGAAGUCGUGGGACAACACGAAGGCUACGCGCGCGGCGGAACCGAGACGACAGAAACUGCAUGGUCCGUGUCCUUGGACCCGAAAGGUGGAUCCUAUGCAUCUACCGGGGGUUCUGGCAACAUCACUAUUCAUUCUGCCCAGUUGGAUUCCUUUGGCCAGCGGCUAUCCACCUUAUCUAGUGGGCGCAACAAAUUUGGGAUGCAUUGUCGAUAUAGUCCAGAUGGCUCUCGCAUAGCACUGGCCACGGAAUCAGGCCAGAUGUACGUGUAUGACAUCCAAUCCAGUGCACUUAUAGCAACCUACACGUCGCACGCUAUGGCCGUUCGCUCCCUAGCAUGGUCACCGGAUUCGCAGUUCCUACUAUCAGCGUCAGAAGAUAAACGGCUGGUCCUACAUGACAUUCGUUCGUCGUCAUCGUCAGGGAAGCCUGGGUCGGGCGCGGUAGCUUCUCUGUCUGGGCAUUCAUCUUGGGUGCUCAGUACGGACAUAUCACCAGAUGGGCGAUUGGCUCUAUCUGGUUCCGCUGAUAAAACUAUAAGGGUAUGGGACCUGUCUGCCCGCGCUGCUGUCUCGGUCGUUCAAGACACAGGUGAGGUAUGGAGCGUGUCAUGGAGGCCGCGACCAUCCUCCAAUAAUUCAGCGGGAGCGUUCGUGAGCGGAGGCGAAGAUGGUCUUGUACGAUGGUGGAGAGCCGCAGGCGCCAGCUGAACCUAAAGUGGUUCCUGUACAAUAGUGCUCGUCGGCAAGCAUCUCACUGACCUAUCAUUCCUGAUAACGUGACGUCCAAGUAUGACUUAGAUAUGUUAGCUCCUCGUCACCUUUGACUUUUGAUUCUUCAAAGUUGGGAGGUUUGUGUCUCCGGCCCACGAACGUGUGAUAGUCUAGAUCGAUACACCAGUG